AUGGUCCGUAGCAUUAGGAAGGAGAAAGGGAAUCAGGUAGGAUCAUCCGAUGUUCCCUAUUACGGCCAUGAUUCUUCACUUUUCUCAAUGGAGGUUCACCACAGUGGUCAAUUUACAGAGAGUCCAACCAAAGCUUAUGUUGGGGGCAAAAUAAAUUACAUAGAUGACUGUGAUUGCGAACUGAUGUCGCUCAUUGAAAUGGAUGAUAUAGCUAAUAGUCUUGGUUAUGCUCCAUAUAUUGGAUUUUACUACAAACUUCCUAGUUGGAUUUGGACAAAGGGCUAG